GAGGCGCUCCUAUUUGGCAUCGCUCCUUUCUACUCGAAGCCCUAACCCUAGCUCCAAACCUCGCUCUACCUCUCGUGAGAGAUGUCGCACUUCGGGAGGUCGGGUCCGCCGGAUAUCAAGGACACAUACUCUCUCCUCGUCCUGAAUAUUACCUUCAGGACUACGGCGGACGAUCUAUUUCCCCUCUUUGAUAAAUACGGGAAAGUUGUUGAUAUUUUCAUUCCAAGAGACCGCAGGACUGGGGAGUCUCGUGGCUUUGCAUUUGUGAGGUACAAGUAUGCAGAUGAGGCACAAAAAGCUGUGGAGAAACUUGAUGGAAGGAAUGUGGAUGGACGGGAGAUCAUGGUUCAGUUUGCCAAAUAUGGACCAAAUGCUGAACGAAUCCACAAAGGAAGAAUUGUCGAAGCUUUGCCAAAGUCUAGGGGCAGGUCUAGAAGCCGCAGUCCCAGGCCUAAGUAUAAAGAUGAUUAUUAUCGAGAUAAAGAUUACAGAAGGAGAAGCCGCAGUCGAAGCAAAGGGAGGUAUGAACGUGAUAGAUACCAUGAGAGGGAAAGAGAUUAUCGUCGACGAAGCCGCAGUCGUAGCAUGAGCCCUGAUUAUCACAGAAGUCAUGGUAGAGGCAGAGGCUAUGAUGAUGAGCGGGAGAGGAGCAGAAGCCGUUCCAUUGACAGUGCAUCUGAUCGUCGUAGUCUUAGCCCAAGGAGGAGCAUGUCUCCUCGUAAGUCAUCUCUUUCUCCCCGUGGGAGUCCACCUUACCGUGAUGAAAGCCCCAACAAACGCAGCAGUGGCAAGCGUUCACCUUCUCGAAGUGCUUCUCCAAAAGGGCGUCGUGCCAUUUCUCGUAGUCCCUCUCCUCGCAAUUCUGAUGAGGAUUGAUUGCUCUCAGUUCCAGCUCAAGAAUGGUGGAAAGUUAAUCCCUUCCUAGUUGCCUGUAUAAUCGUUAAUGUUGGAUGAACUAAUCUAAAGUUUCUCUGGACUGCUUUCCAAGCUUUGCUGGAGAAAACAGUAAUUGUAGCUGAUUAGCGGCUGAUAGUGAGGUGAUGCAAAUGGGUGUCCUUGCUGUUGCUGUUAGUCCGUGUUGAUGAUAUCUUUGAUGCUGAUGUUGAUAUGUGGAUGAUGAUGUUCGUAAAAGCAUGCUGUGCUCUUCUCAUCCUAGGGAAACAAAGGUUUCAUUACUCGACUAAAAUCAACUUUAAUUGAAAUAAAAGUGAAGUUUGAAGGUCAUUCUAACAUUGUAGUCCAUGUUGAUGUUAAUCCAUGUUGAUGAUAUCAUUGAUGCUGAUGGUGAUACAUGGAUGAUGAUGUUCGUAACAACAUGCUGCUCUUCUCAUCCUAGUUUUAAAAAAAGGUUUCAUUACUCCACUAAAACCAAUCUGUUGAAAUAAACGGUGAAGUUGGAAUGUCAUUCUUUCUUAACAUAUUGUAGCCUUGGAGACAUGAGAUGCUCCUUUUCUAUUUUCAAUUCCUAUUAAAGCUGGUUUCGGGAACAUCAGGUAAGUAGCGUCAUCAGUUUAAAACCAAAUUGUUACAGAUAUUGUCCUCCUUUGAGAUUCAAUUUGUUGAAUGAGAUGACAAUAGUUUUGACUUAUUGUUAUCUUCGGACAUGUGGUAACAUGACAUGGCCCAGGCUGUAGCUGUGAGUUGUGAGAGAUGAGCUGGUGUUCCUGCGGAGUGUGAGAAUGGGGGUAAAGCUGUGUUGCUGUCCCAUGUGGUUGCUGAUGCCGUGGUGUUAUGUUGCUGUUUUUGCUGUUGAAUCUGAUGCAUUACAUUAGUCUCAAUGGAUCUAUCCCCUCGGUGGUGGUAUGAUGGUUUAAUUUCAUUAUUAUAGUAACUGCAUCUACAUUUGAUCGGUCAAUGAAGAUCAUUAAUUUCUAUAUUAUAACAGAUUGAAGUCUGUAAUAUAUUUAUGAUCCCAAGCAAUGCCUAGUAGAUUUAUUUAUACAGCUCAUGCCAAUUUGUUUGAAGGGCCAAAGAAAAAGGUACUUGUGGUUUGAAAGUUGUUUUUUUUAUUGGGGGAAUUGCUUAAGGUCAUUAAAUUGAA